UGGACGUGGGACCCAGGAGAAUCGGGGGAGGAUAGCAGCUGUGUGGAUUACCUUAGCCACUCGCAUCAGAGUAUACACGCAGAUUCACACAUUUCCUCUCAGUCACCGCCGCUCGGAAGGGGCAGAGUUACGGUAACCAUGGCUCACUCAGCAUCUCCAUAUCCCACACUCUGCUUCCACCCCGAUUCUACCUCAAAUUCUAGAUUCUUCUUGUCUCCAACCCCUAUCAAGCUCGUUAAAUUUUCAAGAACGCUCAAUGUCAAUGUCCCUGCCCCACCACUCUCUGCUGUAGCUACUGAACUCCCCGUCGUCGAUGGGGCAACAAUUGCAGCCAUCGGCGGCGGUUCGGUUGCCGCUCUGGCUGCCGUUCUAUCUCUGACCGACCCGGAGAGACGCCGCCGCCUCCAGGCGGAAGAGGUGGGUGGUGGCGAUAAGGAUGUGGUGAAGGAAUACUUUAACAAUUCGGGGUUUCAGAGGUGGAAGAAAAUAUAUGGAGAGACGGAUGAUGUGAACAGGGUGCAGCGAGACAUUAGGUUGGGUCACUCCAAGACGGUGGAGAAUGUGAUGGCCAUGUUGAAAGAUGAGGGCCCACUCACAGGAGUAACAGUCUGCGAUGCCGGCUGUGGAACCGGUAGCUUAUCCAUUCCGCUGGCCAAGGAAGGUGCCAUCGUCUUUGCUAGUGAUAUUUCUGCUGCUAUGGUCGCGGAGGCCCAAAACAAGGCAAAAGAAGAGGUUGUGGGAGGCGUGAUGCCAAAAUUUGAAGUGAAAGAUUUGGAGAGUUUGGAAGGGAAAUACGAUACGGUGGUAUGUCUGGAUGUUUUGAUACACUACCCCCAGAACAAGGCAGACGGAAUGAUUGCGCACCUUGCAUCCCUAGCUGGAAAGCGUUUAAUCAUAAGCUUUGCGCCAAAAACUUUUUACUACGAUUUGUUGAAGAGGGUGGGAGAGUUGUUUCCCGGACCUUCCAAGGCAACCAGGGCAUAUCUUCACUCUGAGGCAGACGUCGAGGCCGCAUUGCGUAGGGUUGGCUGGAAAAUUAGGAAGAGAGGUCUAAUCUCAACCCAGUUUUACUUUGCUACUUUGGUUGAGGCAGUUCCUGCUUGACACCGACCUGUAUCGCCUUGCAUCUCAGUUUUGACUUUUCCUCUUCCUGUAUUAUUCCCCCACCCCUUGUAUUAUUGUUCCUUACGAUGCUAAUAGAGUGUCAAGAUGAUGUAUGGAAAUGGAUAAUGGACCUUAUAUUAAUUGUUAUCACCCAUUUCAAUUUGAAGUCCUAUGCUUACGUUU